AUUGAUGAGAAUACUGGCCACAUCACUGGCCUGAUAGAUUUUGAAGGUGCAACCAUUGCCCCUUUAUGGGAAUGUGCGUACAUGCCCCGAUGGUUACAGGAUCGUGAAGAAUGGGACGGGAGUUUUGAAGGUGGUUCCUCGUCAGAAAAGGCUUCACUGCGAAAGGUAUUUAAUGACAAAAUGACUGAAAUUGACCCAACAGGGGAGUGGAAGCGGGCCCAUGAUCAGGGUCGUCCUUUUCGAGAGUUUACGAACAUGUUGAACUAUAAUGUGGGCGUAUGGGCUAAUGAUGACAUUGAGAAUACAAUUGAUGAGUGGUUGGAGUGGGCAAAGGUGCACCCAGGUGAAGGGUUGAGCAAAGCUGAUCCUGAAUCACAUAUACUACUGUAG